AUGGUUUUUACAUACCAACGUUUUUUUUUUUGUUUUUUUUUUCUGAUUUUAAAACCACACGUGCAGGCAAAGAUUCAGCAAGAAAUCGACAGAGUUGUCGGUCGAGAACGGCAGCCUAUGUGGGAAGACCGCUACCAAAUGCCCUUCACCAUGGCAACCAUCUGGGAGAUGCAGCGAUGGAGAACAGACAAAGAUGUGGAGUUGGCUGGCUACGUAAUUCCAAAAGGUACAAUUAUGAUGGCAAAUAUAUGGGCCGUGAACAUGAAUGCUGAUCUUUGGGACGAUCCUGAAACCUUCAGACCAGAGCGAUUUAUUGAACAAGGGGGCUCCAAACUGCGCCCUAAACUGGACUACUUUAUUCCAUUUUCUGUUGGAAAAAGGAUGUGUCCUGGUGAAGCACUGGCUCCAGUGGAAAUUUUUCUUUUCACCACUGGCAUCCUGCAGAAGUUCACCGUACUUCCUGAAGAUGGCAAAACAAUCGACCUCACAGUAGACUCCGGAGCUUUUAGUUCUCCAAAGUACCAGAAGCUUCGUUUUCUGCCGCGAUAA